AUGGAUGAGGAUGCACCAAACUAUCGUGCAAUCAUCCAGAACCCAAUGGACAUUGCAACUCUGCUGCAGCGAGUUGACUGUGGCAAGUAUAUCACAUGUAAAGCAUUUCUGGAAGACUUUGAUCUCAUUUUGAUCAAUGCGAAGCGGUAUAAUGGAGAUGACUACAACGGAGCUAGGAUUGUCAGCAGAGCUUGUGAGCUUCGUGAUGCAGCGCAUGGAAUGCUGUCCCAGAUGGAUCCUGCACUCGUUUCAUUUUGUGAAAAGAUUGCUGCUGAAGGGGGUCCAGUGUCCAUUCCUGAUGAUUUAGGGGGCUCUGCUUUGCCACAAACUCCUGUUUGUCAGAUGGCAACUGUGACUAGGGCAAGUGCCCGUCUCCGUAAUGUCCAGCCGGAAGUUAAUUUGGAUCAAAGCUACGAAGCAUUGAAAAGACCAAAGAAAAACAUUGAUGCUGCACAUACAGCUUCAACAGCAGAAGAUGGAUCACAACCUCAAGAAAUGUUGCCAUUAAAUUCAUCUGAAGAACCUGAAGCAGAAAAUACAGAUCAGCAAAAACCUGAAAGCUCGCUGACUGAUUGUGUUCAGCUUGGAACUUCUGAUGAAACGAGUGGGUGCGGAUCCCAAGAUGUUACUAUGUCAACUGGGGAGAUUUCUAGCAAUGUUGAGUUUAUCAAGCAGCUUUUUGUAGAGCGUACUAAAGACUAUGGCAUUUCACAGCUUGAAAGGCUUUACACUCGUGUUAUGAAGGGUGUCCUUGAAACAAGUAGUAGUGAAAUUGGUGAUCUGAAACCUUCAAUAUUGAGAUUUUUGCUAAAGUUUGCAGAGGACGAAGCAAAGUUUUGUAUCUGA